AUGCGUGGACAGUCCAGUGUGAGAGAAGUGGACGUCGCCACAGGGAAGGUUCUCAAGAAGGUGCCUCAGAGCGCUCCGGUGUUCAGUGAAGGGCUUGCACUCAUCAACGACAGGCUGUUUCAGUUAGCGUGGCAGGUGAAAACGGGAACGAUAUACAACCGCAAAAGUUUGCGAAAGAUAGGCAGCUUCCGCCACCAGAUGACGGACGGUUGGGGCCUGUCAACGUACAAUAAGUCGCUGCUGGUGGGCUCCGAUGGCACCUCCUACAUCUACUUCAUCAGCGCAACCACCUUCAAGACGCUGCACAAGGUGAAGGUGACUGAUGGCGGCACACCUAUAGCGUGGAUCAAUGAGCUUGAAGUGCGGGGCGGGCGUAUCUAUGCCAACGUGUGGCAGACGGAUUGCAUCGCGGUGAUCGACCCGCUGUCAGGGCGAGUGGCGGCCUGGAUGGACCUGCAGCGCCUGCGGGCGCUAGCAGCAGCCCAAGUGAAGCCCAACCAGGAGUUUGAUGUGCUGAACGGCAUUGCAUGGGAUGCACUACAGAGGCGCCUCUUUGAGCAUUUCAGAGCACCCCAGAACACCCCAGAGCAACCCAGAGCAGGGCUUUCCUGGCUCUCCCUCCCGCUCUCCCUCCCGCUCUCCCUCCCGCUCUCCCUCUCGCUCGCCCUCCCGCUCUCCCUCCCGCUCUCCCUCCCGCUCUCCCUCCCGCUCUCCCUCCCCGCUCUCCCUCCCGCUCUCCCUCCCGCUCUCCCUCCCGCUCUCCCUCCCGCUCUCCCUCCCGCUCUUUCUUCUAAUUGCCACGUGGUGGUGCUCAAGAGCUUCGCCAUGAAGCCGAUGCCAGGUGUCAGGCUCACAUUGGUCACUCGGGACGUGCACACGCCUUACAGCGGCAUGCUGCCAGGCCUCGUGGCCGGCCACUACACGUACGACGACUGUCACAUCGACCUGCGCCCCUUGGCUCAACUCACCAACGCCCGCCUGCUGCACUGCUGCGCCUCUGGCAUUGACCUGGAUCAACGUGCUGUGGUGCUGGCGGAUGGGCGCCCCCCCAUUCGCUACGACGUACUGUCCAUUGAUAUCGGGAUCACUCCACUGAGAGCUGCGGUGCUGGCGGAUGGGCGUCCUCCUAUUCGCUACGACGUGCUUUCCAUUGACAUCACUGGUAUCCUGUCACCUCACGUACGCACUACCAACAUCCGCUGCUGCACUGCUGCGCCUCGGGCCUGGACUUGGAUCAGCGAGCUGUGGUGCUGGCGGAUGGGAAUCGCUUUUGAGAAUUAUCAAAAGCGAUUUCCAUGUACUUGGAUCAGCGUGCGUGCUGUGGUGCUGGCUGGUGGAUGGGCGCAUGCUUGCCCAUUUGUUACGACGACCCGUGUCUUGAUACUCCGCCCCACUCCCAUCCCCUCCUUCCAUCCGUCUGAGCAGCAAUCAGUGCCAGGAGCAAAGGAGCUCACCCUCCCAGUGAAGCCCAUCGACUCCUUCACCCACCGCUGGGAGGCUCUGCGGUCACGCAUCCUCUCCCUCGCCCCUGGCUCUAGUGUCCGUGUGGUGGUGGUGGGAGGGGGCGCAGGAGGGGUGGAGCUGCUUCUGGCCAUGCAGCACCGACUGCAGCAGGACUGCCUGGUUCUCGAUGCUGCAGUGGUGGCAGUGAGACAACGAGGAGUGGAGAGCGGUGGAGAGGGAGGGGAUAGAGAGGGAGCGGUGGAUGGGGCGGAAGGGGAGGUCGGCAGGGGAAGCAGCAGCGGGGCGGGUGGAGGGGAAAAGAGAGAGUCGGCGGUGCAAGGAGGGGUGCUGGUCUUGGAAGGGGGAGAGGAGGUGGAGUUUGACGAGUGUGUGUGGUGCACACAGGGAGGAGCAGCCUCCUGGCUUGGCCAAACGGGUCUAGCCCUGGACAAAAACGGCUUCAUCCGAGUGGGGGACACGCUAGAGUCGAUCAGCCAUAGAAGGGUGUUUGCAGUGGGGGAUAUCCACUCAUCCGACGUUUACCCACGGCCGAAGGCGGGCGUGUUUGCAGUGCGGCAGGGCAUGCCCUUGGCGGAAAACUUGAGGAGAGCGCUUCUGGAUCAGCCUUUGAAACCCUUCCAACCGCAGAAAACGUUUCUGAGCCUCAUCAGGACCGAAGUCAGGCAUGUUUGUGGUGGGGGGGGUAUGUAUUGGAUAUCCAUUUACAGUCAAACUCUCAAGCAGUCAAACUCUCUGUCUCACAACCUUGCCAUUCGCUCACAUCCCCCUCGCUCACAUCCCCUCGCUCACAUCCCCUCGCUCACAUCCCCUCGCUCACAUCCCCUCGCUCACAUCCCCUCGCUCACAUCCCCUCGCUCACAUCCCCUCGCUCACAUCCCCUCGCUCACAUCCCCUCGCUCACAUCCCCUCGCUCACAUCCCCUCGCUCACAUCCCCUCGCUCACAUCCCCUCGCUCACAUCCCCUCGCUCACAUCCCCUCGCUCACAUCCCCUCGCUCACAUCCCCUCGCUCACAUCCCCUCGCUCACAUCCCCUCGCUCACAUCCCCUCGCUCACAUCCCCUCGCUCACAUCCCCUCGCUCACAUCCCCUCGCUCACAUCCCCUCGCUCACAUCCCCUCGCUCACAUCCCCUCGCUCACAGCACCGGACCGCAUAGACCGGGCGUUCAUGCAGCAGUUCAACCAACUACCUGCCAUGCCGUCACCUCCUCUCCCCACCAUCCCCGUCGCACACACGGCCGGGCCUGAAGCGCUCCUGGCACUCAAAAGCAUGCCCAUGCGCUGUGGGGGGUGUGGCUCCAAGGUGAGGUGUUACAUGCGCUUUGGUUCCACGCCUUCUUUUGAGGUCGUUUUUGAGGCGGUUUUUGAGGCGCCUCAAAAACUCCCAUGUAAGGUUGGCUCUUCCCUUCUCUCCCGCGUCCUCACUCGUCUCGCAGCUCUCCCCAGCCGCCCGCCUGGCCACCCGGAAAUCCUCCUGGGGCUUGACUCACCUGAUGAUGCCGCUGUGCUGGCGAUUCCACCUGAGGGAAAGGGCGGCUGUCAGCUGUGUGCCUUUUCCCCUCCACACUCCACUCUCCACCACCCCAAUCAGAACCCAGUAGUGGUGCAAUCAGUUGACUUCCUCUCCGACCCGCUCCUUCCUCUCCGACCCGCUCCUUCCUCUCCGACCCGCUCCUUCCUCUCCGACCCGCUCCUUCCUCUCCGACCCGCUCCUUCCUCUCCGACCCGCUCCUUCCUCUCCGACCCGCUCCUUCCUCUCCGACCCGCUCCUUCCUCUCCGACCCGCUCCUUCCUCUCCGACCCGCUCCUUCCUCUCCGACCCACACACCUUUGUGUUGGUGCAAACGGUCGACUUCUUCCACUCCUUCCUCUCCGAUCCGCACACCUGUGCCCACAUACCUGCCACUGCCGCCCUCCCUGCCACAACAAGCCAUAUGCUUUCCCUCUGUCUCCCUUCUCCCCCUGUCUGAGCAACCAGAACCCAGUGGUGGUGCAAACGGUCGACUUCUUCCGCUCCUUCCUCUCCGAUCCGCACACCUUUGUGUUGGUGCAAACGGUCGACUUCUUCCGCUCCUUCCUCUCCGACCCGCACACCUUCGGCCGCAUUGCCGCCCUACAUGCUCUCAGUGACUGCUUCGCCAUGGGUGCUGACCCCGUCUCAGCGCUUGCUAUAGUCACACUGCCCUAUGGUACCGAGGAGAAGAUGGAGGAGGAGCUUUUCCAGGUCAUGGCAGGGGCCAUCCGCGAAUUGGAUGCUGCCACGUGUCAGCUGGUGGGAGGGCACACUGUGGAGGGUGCUGAGCUGUCGCUGGGGUUUGCUGUCACGGGAUUGGCUGACAGAGACCGGCUGCUGAGAAAGGCGGGCAUGCAUGAGGGAGAUGCCAUCAUUCUCACCAAGCCCAUCGGCACGGGAGUCAUCUUUGCAGCCAACAUGCGAUGCAAGUCCAAGGGACGGUGGGUGGAUGGGGCGAUCGAUAGCAUGCUGGUGUCUAAUCAGAAAGCAGCGUCCAUUGCAUUGCAACAUGGGGCCUCGGCUGCUACUGAUGUCACGGGAUUUGGCUUACUUGGCCACCUGGUGGAAAUGACAACAGCAUCUCGAGUUACUGUAACAAUCGACCCCUCUACAAUCCCCAUUAUGGACGGUGCACGGCAGUGUGUGGAGGAUGGCAUUUUCAGCUCGCUGCAGGAUUCGAACCUGCGCCUGAGACGAGCAAUCACCAACUACGAGGAGGCAUCCGCCCAUCUGCUCACUCUGCUCCUCUUCGACCCGCAAACAGCCGGAGGGCUGCUCUUUUCUUUCCAUCCCUAA